AUGCAGGAUGAAGAAGGCUACACAGUGCUCCAACUCCGGUCCAAACAGAAGGCGUCUUCCUGCCCACCUCCAGAUUCCCAUGGAUCCCCACACUGGCAGGGGAUCCCUCCGAAAGUGGCCUACACUGUGAUCCUGAUUCUCCAGAUAGUGAUGUUGGUGCUGACUUGUUCAGUUCUCAUUCAAAUGAAACUGAUGAAAAGUCAAGCAGCAGAAUCAGGAACUGUGGCACAAAUGAACAACUGCCUCGAGAAAGGUCUGGAAGGAAAGCCCAUUUCAAAAGCAGCACUGGGACGACAAACGUGCCCAGCAGAUUGGAAGCUGCACAGAGGGCAUUGCUAUUGGUUUCCUCAAAGGAUCGAAAAGAAAACUUGGAAUGAGAGCAAAGCAAACUGUGCAAAAAGGCACUCAAAUCUGGCAAUGAUUCGGGACACAUGUGAUCUGGGUUUCCUGUGGUCACAUAUCCCACCCUCAUGGUACUAUUGGAUUGGGCUGCACAUUCCCAGCCCUGGGAGCAAUUGGACAUGGCCGGAUGGCUCUGCUCUCGACUGGAGCCUUUUCCAGGUAAAACCCUCAGGUGACGAGGGCACAUGUGCUGUGCUCUCAAGGGAUGGGAUUUAUCCUGAGAGCUGCGAGAAUGUACUAUUCUGGAUCUGCGAGCAGUAG